UUUAUCACUUAGAGAUCUGGGAUGUGGCCAAAUGUAUACAGUCUUCCUUGCCUGCAGAAGCGGUACUUUCUAGUACUCUUGUACCUCCCAGACGAGUACUAUGUCUUCUCUCGAAGAUAGUCGUCUCGAUGUCAGAGAGGUGUUUCUGAGUAUUGGAUUGGAUGUCAAAACAGUUGAGAAAGCACUUGUCAAUGCCAAAUUCAGAGACAAUCUUCUUGAAGUAAUCCUAGAGGCCGAGCUACAUGAAGGCUGUAAGAUUUCGACAGGCCUUCUCCUACACUUGGUCGCUAGAAAGUAUCCCAAAAAUGCAUUGUGUCAUCGUCCCACGCUGCUGCAGUACAUUGCGACAGGAAAGGUCACAAGCGUCCCUCAAGUUGAAGCUGCCUUCGGAUUUUUUGCUCUGGUCGGUCCAGAGUUCUAUGAUAGAGAAAAAUUUGAGGAGAGUUGUGGUAUAGGUGUUGAGGUGUCUAGAGACCAAGUUACUGCUGCUGUGAAGAUGGUGUUUGAUAAAUGCAAAACUCUGAUACUAGAGCAACGGAAACAAGUAAAUGUCGGAGUUCUUCUGAAUCACGUGUGGGUGGCACAUCCAUGGGCAGAUGGGAAAGUACUAAAGAAAGAAAUUGACAUUCAGCUAAAGCAGCUACUGGAAGAAGAUGCGAAGAAGAAGCAAGUGCAGAGAAAAAGAAUGAAGCUUGUAGCCUGAGUAGGCAGAUAUUGCCUGAUUCGUCACUUCUCAGUACAAUAAUUAAAGUAUCUUGUACAUUCAGAAGACAGACGUGAAGCCCAGAUCUGCCCUACGGAGGAUUCCUUCACCAAGCGUAUAGUAAGGAGAUAAUAACGAUAUUAAUGUGUAAUUAGGUACAUGAGUGGCCAAAAUCUUUGCUACGUAAAUCACUUAGCAAACAACGUUGCUUCUGGAUCUCAGCUAUUUGGUGGAACUCUUCUACUGUACUCUGACAUUUAGGUGGAACUCUGAUGACUCAGAAGCGUUCAGUAUUUACACAAUAAUUUUGUCUUGCUAUCUGAAUGGA